AUGAUCGCGGCGUCCAGAGCGUUGGAAUCGCGCCGCCGGGACCGCUUGUUCGACGACCCUUACGCCGAGCUGCUGCUAAAUAACGUCCUCGCGACACGCUACUGAUUUGAGGGGCGUUCGUUGGAGCGAAGCGUACACAGCCGUACGUGCUUGCAUCCUAAUAGGACACGCCCCGUCGACCAUCUAUAUCUAACAUUUUUGAUUUUUUUUUUCAUCAACUUGUAGGGUGUGUUAUCGUUAGGGGCGCACGGUACAUUGCUUGUGUCGCCUAGGCACUUGAUAUCGAUGUGAGCGUAGUUUUGUACUCCGGACUCGUGUUGACCCUUGAAGGUAUUGCCACCCGGUGGGGAGGGUGGUGGUAUUUUGUGUGAGUUGGUUUGGACUUGUUUCGAAUACGGAAGUCUGUCUGCUCCGCAUGGUCGGUUUGGAAAAAUCGCCGUCGCUCAGGGAGUCUCGCGCAGUGCGGAACACGUGCCUACCGCAUCCAAUCCGCCGUAGGCAUUGGAUGCGAUUUGCUUCUUGACAGCAGUGUCAUGCUUGCCCUCAGUGGGCCAAAAAUUUUCGAUCGGGAGCGCCACCACUUACCAUGCCGCUGGCAACGGUGGCGCUCGAUCUUGUUUUUGUACGUCCGGGUCUUUCUUUUUUCUUUGGGC